AUGACGGACGACUUUUUUUUUGUUGGAGAUCCGCGGGCGGUGAGAGCACGCGGCGGGUCUUGUGGCGCCUCGGCCGCAAGAGCUCAGAAACAUUUAAAUGUUACAGAGUAUAGCUCUUCGACUUUUCAACUGCUAGCCAAGAACGUCGAGAACUGGCUGCAGCUUCUCGUCCUUGAAAAACUACAACAUCGCGAAAUCACGACUGUUAUAUUCACGAAAGAGACCUCCAAAGUGUCUGCGAAACUACUCCGCCGUCCGCUCCUGCGGAUUGGUGUUAUUAGCGAACAUGGCUUCGCAACCUGUCAGUUCUUCACAGUGUCAUCUCGCCCUCGUGCGUUGGCGGCACGGACUUACUCGACAAAACAGCAGCAAUCGUCGUCGUCGACAGAGUUGUCGCUGAGAGCCACCAGCGGCAAUGAACAAUACCCCGAAACAACAGGCGGCAGCUUGUCUGGACGGAUACAUAUCAUCGGCAUGGGAAAUGUUGGUUGCUUUGUGGCCCAUUCGCUAGCAUCGCGAAAGACGCGACCGCCAAUUACGCUGCUGCUGCACAAUCGUGAAAUGUACACCCAAUGGAUUCGGCGGAAAGAGUCGGUCUCGCUGAUGACGAAUGGGCUGGAUGAUAUAAAGACUGGGUUUGACGUGAAUGUCCUGGAUAGGAAUAUCUGGUUUUCGCUACCGUAUUCACCGAAUGCUCGUAAGAAAGGUGUGCACUCAUCAGAGGAAGAAGAAGAUACAACAGUAUAUUCGACUCAAGGCGAAGACUGGAACUCGAUGGAACCGGAAAAGGAUGACGAGGAGAUUGAAUGUCUGAUUGUAACCACCAAGGCGCCCCAGACGGUCAACGCGCUGAACUCGGUUAGCCACCGCUUGACUCCGGAUUCUACGGUGCUUUUUCUUCAGAAUGGGAUGGGGAUCAUGGACGAAGUCAACAGGGUUGUCUUUCCCGAUCCCAACACUCGGCCACACUAUAUACAGGGUGUUGUGUCACACGGCUUGAAAGGGUUUCAGAAUUUCCACAUUGAAUAUACCGGUAUGGGCACUGUGAUUCUCGGCGCACUGCCCUCGCAGGGAGCUCCAGAUGUCAGAGAGGAAGACUGGGCCCCGUCUACAAAGUAUCUCCUACGUACUUUGACAUUGACACCUCCACUCGUGGCUGUUGCUGAGAGCCCUACAAACAUUAUCCAAUAUCAGCUGGAAAAACUGGCUAUGAACUGCGUCAUCAACUCGUUCACCGUUCUCCUGGACUCGCAAAAUGGAGAGCUUCUUUACAAUUAUCACAUCACACGAGCGAUCAGGCUCCUACUAGCCGAAAUCUCAACUGUCAUAUGCGCAUUGCCAGAACUAGAAGGCGUUCCAGGAGUCCAAUCCCGGUUUGCAACAGAACGACUAAAAGAUCUAGCAAUCAACCUAGCCAACAAAACCGCAGCGAAUACGAGCUCCAUGCUCCAAGAUAUGCAACGGCUACGAAGAACUGAGAUUGAAUAUAUCAACGGGUACAUUGUCCGCCGAGGCGACGAAUUGGGUAUCAAAUGCGCCUUGAAUUACAUGCUUAUGCAGCUGGUGCUAGGCAAGAACUAUAUCCUGAGACAACGAGAUGCGGGUGCCGUGCCGUUUGAUUUUUCGAAUUUGGAAAAUGAUGACGAACGAUAA